AGCGAUGUUUCUGCAAGUGAAGCGCAUGCCUUUGAAGACAUUAAUAAUCUUAUGGAGGCUAAACACACGGCACAGCAUCAGCAACGUUCGCAUACUGAUGGCGGAGGACCGUAUAAUGAUUCAUCGGCGACAUUGGAUGGCGACGCAUUGUCCUCGCUUCCUCAGGCCUCAUUCAACUAUAUAAAUUCCAUUGUGGGUAGUGGCGUCAUUGGCAUUCCAUACGCACUUCAUCGUGCUGGUUUUGGACUUGGGCUGCUCUUGCUGAUAUUGGUUGCUUAUAUUACGGAUUACUCACUAAUUUUAAUGGUAAGAUGCGGACAUAUUUGCGGGAAAUUUAGUUACCCUGGUAUUAUGGAAGCAGCCUAUGGCAAAUAUGGAUACUACCUUCUAUCGAUGCUACAAUUCAUGUAUCCAUUUCUGGCUAUGAUCUCGUACAAUGUCGUUGUGGGCGACACUUUGUCCAAAGUGCUGGUUCGCUUCUUUCCAUCGUGGGGCACAUCGAUGGGUGCAGUUCGGCUAGGAGUUGUCUUCUUCGUCACAAUUGGCAUCGUGGUUCCGCUGUGCCUGUACAAAAACGUUUCCCGAUUGGCCCGUGCAAGUUUUAUUAGUUUGGCUUGCGUGGUUUUCAUUUUGUUUGCCGUCAUUGUGAAACUACUGUCGGGCGAUUACACUGUCGCCGAUACUCCGGAAUCAUGGAGAUUUGCAAACUCUGAUUUGAUACCAGCUACGGGUAUUAUGGUUUUUGCAUUCAUGUGCCAUCACAAUACGUUCCUAGUUUAUCAGUCGAUGAGAAAUGCGACGCUCGAGCGAUGGGAGAAAGUCACGCAUAUUUCGAUUGGAUUUGCUCUAGCAGUGGCAGCCCUGUUCGGUAUAGCUGGAUACUCCACAUUCCGUGCUCUUUCUCAAGGCGAUUUGUUGGAGAACUACUGUUGGAACGAUGAUCUAAUGAAUUUUUCACGAGUGCUUUUCUCCAUUUCUAUUUUACUGACUUUCCCAAUUGAAUGCUUCGUUUCGCGAGAGAUUGUACGAGCUUUAGUGCAUCGGUUUGUACUAAAAGAACCCAUUAGUGAGCUGACAUUGGAUAAAGAUCCUAAUCUGGAGAAGGGUGCUGAUAUUGACGAAUAUUCCAAAACCAUCACUUUGGCCAUAGUUUUCAGUGCAUUUGUUAUUUCUCCAUUGACAGAUUGCUUAGGCUCCGUACUUGAGUUGAAUGGACUUUUAGCGGCGAUUCCUCUGGCUUAUAUACUUCCUGGUCUGGCCUACAUACAAAUGGAGUCGCAUUCUCUAUUCAGCCGCGAGAAAUUGCCAGCACUGGGCUUGGUCGUCUUCGGCACUAUUGUUACAAUAUUGGGCGUAGCCGUUCUCUUGCCCGGACUUAUGGGUGACUGCCGCGCCGAUGUCGUAAUGGAUUAUUGUAAGCAGGAAUUUACGGAGGUCGCCGGCACCAACGCAACCGCUUUAGCAACAAGUAAAAGAGUAAACUAAGUUCAAAUAAUCGAAUUGUUAAUACAUACAUACAUACAUACAUAUAUAUUAUACAAAUGUACCUACAAGGGAAUGUAUGUUUGUUAGGAAUUGCUUUAAAUCAAAACGGACGUAUGCACUUGUUGAAAUGUGUGUUUAUGUGUUUAAGUUGAAUUAUGCAUUGUACAUACAGACACAUGUAAACGUUCACACACCCACGUAAACAGUACGAAUAUUGUAGUUAUAAUUGUUUUAAUCUGAGAAGAAAAUGCAUUAGGGAAUAGAUGAUUUUAAGUAAAAUUAAUACAUUAAAAUAUUUGCUUAUUCGAUUUUUUCUUCGAGACCAGUGGAUAUUAGCUGAAUAAAAUUCAGUGAAAAUGAAGGAUUAAGUCUAGGGAUUACAUAAACUAACCUAGUUGUAAUUACAAAUUAUUAUGAUAAACUAAUUUC